UAAAAGGUUGAUAAGAGCCCUUUUGUUGUGCAAAUAAAUUUGAUAUGUUUUUCUAUAUAUGUUAAAUACCUACUUUUUUUAUAAGUAUUAUGUUUAAUUUAGUCCAUCAAUGAUAGAGAUUGCAUAUUUUAUUCAAAACUAACAAUAUUAUGAGGGUUGAACGAAGUACUUGUAUGAUAAAACUUUGAAAAUGCCAUACAUUACAUUUUAUCCUUUCUGUUAUAGCUAGACUCUUGAAUUCUAACAACAAAAGUCUCAAACUUUGUGUUUAUCUGAAAUAUUUUAUCAUCUGAAACUUGUUUGCUUCUAUGACAUUAGCAAUGUGAUUUAAUAAAUUAAUGUUCUUCUGCAUUUAGUUUUUCAAAAGUGAAGCUUUUUUUCUUCACAGAAACUUCCUACAGCUUAUACCGAUUACAUGGAUGGAAUAUUACCUAGCAACAUUUUCCUUAGGGAUCGGUUUGGAAAUAUGUGGCCUAUAGGGGUAACCAAAGCAGGAAAAGAUAUUUAUUUUGAAUAUGGAUGGGAAAAAAUCAUUAAGGACAACAUCGUAGAGCUUGGAGACUUCUUUAUUUUUGACUUUGAUGGAACUAGAAUUUUUGACUUUACACUACUUGGAAGAAAUGGAUGUGUAAAGAAAGGAGUUGGGAGUUUAAAAAUUAAUGUGAAGGAGGAGGAAGUAGAGGAAAUGAAUGUUGAACAUCAAAAGAGUGUGGAUCCAAAGGAGAAUACUAGGGCUAGAGAUAGCAAGAACAUUUCUUCUUUCGAUGUUAUGGAUGAGAAUACCCUAGUAGAAGAAAAGGAGGAUGAACAAAAGGAAUAUGAAAAUAGGGAAGAUGUUCCAGAAGAAGAAGGUGAAAAGGAAGAAGAACCUGAUGAAUACAAAGAAGGCGAGGAAGAUAAAGAAAGAACUGGCAUGUUAAAAAAAAUGACAACACGUUCAAAAGAUAUAUUCAGAAGUGGAGGUGGAACUAAGCCAAAAAAAUGCUUUCUUUGUGACAAAAAUACGCCCAAAUAGGAGAAAUCAUCUGUACGUUCCGGCUGAUGUGGUGAGAGAUUACCAACUUGAACUCCCUUCAUGCAUGACCAUUCGUGACUCCGCUGGUAGAGAAUUUGAGGCAAAACUCAAGAUUUGACAGGACAGUAGAAUAUGGCUAAUUGGAGGGUGGCAUGAUUUAUGUAAGUGGAACCUUGUGGAGGAAAAAGAUACGUGCAUUUGUGAAUUCGUGAGAGAGAAACACAACAAUGAACUUUACUUACAAGUUCACGUUGUCCAUGAAGGAGAAGGUUCUCAUCCCAACAAGAAAUAAUUUGUUUCUAUUUGAUAAGUCUUUUAUGGCCUUCAGUGUGUUUAUGUGGCUAAAUAUUUUGAAGACAAUAAGUAAUUUUCUUUGUUGA